AUGCCGCGAUCGAUCGACGCGCCCACGCCUAUCGCGGCGAGCGAUACAGAAACGGACAAGCACUCAAAUGCUUGGUACGAUCAUGACGGGAAUGAGACCGUCUCGCACACAUGCGUAUCCUCUGGAAGCGAUGGUAGCCACGAUAAGCUCGAAAAGGCGCCCUUGUCGCGUGGAAGAAGCAUCGCGCUCGUCAUUACCCUGACGGGAGCGGCCUUUAUAAAUACCCUCUCGGCCCAGGCCGUCGUCAUUAUCCUGCCAGCCAUGGGCAAGACGCUCAACAUCCCCGACAGCCGACUGCAGUGGAUCGUAUCUGCUUAUUCGCUGACCUUUGGCUGCUUCCUCCUGCUCUGGGGCCGCAUCGCUGAUAUUUUCGGCAAGCGCUUCAUCUUCAUCGCCGGGUCCAUCUGGGUCACCCUCGCGACGGCACUGAAUCCGCUCAUGCCCAACGAGAUUGCCUUUGACUUUUUCCGCGGGCUGCAUGGUCUGGGCGCUGCGGCCAAUGUACCUACUGCCAUUGGUAUCCUUGGUGUUACUUUUCCACCCGGCAAGGCAAAGAACUAUGCCUUUGCAGCAUAUGGAGCCGGUGCGCCACUGGGAAGCAUCUUUGGCAGCAUCAUAUCCGGCAUCAUUGCACAGUACAGCAGCUGGAAAUGGGUGUUUGGCUUCAUGGCCAUCAUGGCCGCCGCCAUCUCCAUCGCUGGCUUUGCGCUCAUUCCCAACUCGGACGACUCGCCAACGCUCGCUGCCGCGCUCCAAGGCGGCAGUGUCGGGGCCCGGCUCAAGCUCGUCGACUGGACCGGCGGUGCCCUCAUCACUGUCGCGCUCAUUGCACUGCUUUUUGCGCUGACUGAGGGCAACGUCGUCGGAUGGCAGACGGCAUGGGUCUCAAACCUCAUUCUUGUCUCGCUGUUGCUGAUUGUCGCAUUCUUUUUCUGGCAGCGCCGCCUCGAGAAGAAACCCGACGGGCGCCCUCCGCUGAUCAAGGUCUCCGUGUUCAAGAAUCGACAAUUCACGGCGGUCAUGUUCAUUAUGGGCCUCUUUUUCGCCUCGUUCAACAAUUUUCUGGUUUUUGCCACUUACUACUAUCAGGACUAUCUCGGAUACAACCCCAUUCAGACCAUGCUGCGCUUUCUGCCAACUGGUGUUGGUGGCAUCUUUGUUUCCUUUGCCGUUGCGUUUUUGCUCAGCCGCGUACCGACUGCCUUUAUGCUUAUCUGCGGGACCUUUUCCGUAUCUAUUGCUAGCUUGCUCUUUGCCGUCCCCAUUCCCAUCACCACCUCGUACUUUGCAUGGGGCAUGUGGGCGAUGCUGCUGUCUGUGGUCGGAGCAGACAUUACGUGGCCCUGCCUCACUUUUUUCACGUCGCAGGCCCUGCCGGCUGAGGAUCAAGCGAUUGGCGGCGCCCUCAUCAACGCUGUUGGCCAAAUGGGCCGUGCCAUUGGCCUAGCGAUUGCCACGGCCAUCCAGACGGCCGUGUUGGCGCACGAGCGUGGCGUGUCGGUGGAAAAUGUCGGCGCGGUCCAGGAGCUGGACUAUGCAUCGCUGCUGAGUAUUAGGAUUGCGAGCUGGUUUAACUUUGCCAUAGGAGUUACGGCAAUGGUCAUUGUUUGCAUUGCGUUUCGCAAGAUGGAAGUCAUUGGCAGAAUUGCGCCAGAGCCUGAUGCUGAGGGUGUCAAGGAGGAGCAUGAAUUGCGGAGCAGAGCGUGA